AUGUCACAUACAAUUCUUCUUCUUCAAUCAACAAAUAAACUUGAUUCACGUACUUAUUCUGAUUAUGAAUCUGUUGAUGAUUGUCUUGAUGGAAUAUGUAAAGUAUUUGAAGAACAUUUAA